AUGGCAUCGGAGACCGUGAAAAGUGAAGCCCAACUGCUGUUACAUCAACUCACAAGAUUCCACGACGCAAGCAAGGCACUGACCCGACUAUUUGAAGGAGACUGGGAGCAGGAUGCCAGAAGACGCGCCGUGUUCCUGCAGCUGCUACAUUGGCAGAACUCCUUAGCUUCCAGUUGUCUCAAAGAUGUGCUGGCUGAUUUUGAGACCAGUGACGAGAACGGGGACAUUGAGCUGCGCAGUGACAUGGAGCUGAGAGUGCUGGGCAAACCCGCGGUGCUGUUUGCCGCCUCCAUCUACGACGAGGACCUGGCCAUGUUGAUCUGGUCAGGCUUCAUUCAAUUCCACGCGCGUUAUCCAGCAUUUGAUCUGACGCGACAGGUGCUGGACAAUUCAGCCGACUCGCUCGGGUACUCAGCUCUCCAUUAUGCAAUUGAAGCGCAGAUGGAAACGUUUUUGCAGGCGGUGUGCAAGGAGCUGAAGCCCGAGACGACGAUGUCGGUGGUUGGCCACGUCGUGACUCAAGACGUGACGUUGCCGGUGAAUACUGCUGUCAAUAUGGGCAAGACCAUUGCAAGUGGAGGUUGCUCGCUGCUGCAUCUUGCAGCCAAGAAGGGGGAGCUGAAGAUGGUCAAGUGGUUUGUCGAAUCGCCCAUGUGUAUGGAUCCAAUGACUUUGCGCGACUGGGACGGGAGCUCUGCAGCACGCGUUGCAGCGACCCAUGGACAUGAUGAGGUUGCUGCAUUUCUCGAGGGUAUCACUGGUGAGGCGACGUUAAGCACGUCAGAAGUCGAAGAGCUACGAUCGAAGCGCGAGGUGAUUGCGAGAGACCGGUACUUGGCGCACUUAGAGCCUCAGGAAUCCAUGCUGGAGCCGUACGUGUUUUCAAAUAUCUGGAGUCUUGACGAGACUGAUCUCGUGCGAAGCGAAGUGAAUCACGCGGCAGCCAAGCAUGGUUGGUGCAAGAAGCGCCACGCUUCUUACCAGACAACCGACAUGCCUUGUCAUCAAGUUGCGAGGAUAGACUCCUGGGUCCGCUCGACGCUGACAUGGCGAUUGUUUCCUCAGAUCAUGGAGCGCUAUCAAUUGCCCGCGUCGCAGCAACUGCGCUUCCGUGACCUCUUCUUUGUCAAAUACGAGGCAUGCGAAGGCGAACGCUCAGACCUCGCCCUGCACCGCGACGGAUCCGUUCUGUCGUUCAACAUGUUGUUGAACUCGGCCGAUGAAUUUACCGGAGGUGGCACCCACUUUGACGCGACGAAGCGUACGGUGCACAUUACACAAGGAGAGGUCACGGUACACAGCGGAAAAGUGCUUCACGCCGGUGCACCGGUCCUAUCCGGCGUCCGUCAGAUUCUGGUUGGCUUCCUGGAUAUCACGGACUGGGCGUUCUAG